AUGAAAGUUACCACAGGGCACAGACCAAGAUUCAAUCAUAAUAGAUAUGUUGCUCUCAAGUCUCAAUUUGUGUUUUAUUAAAUAUUUUUGGAUUUUAUGUAAAUAGAUAAAUAAAAUUAGCAUUAUUAAAAUUUAAUAAUAUUACUAACCUUGCAUUUGCAUAAUUUGUAUUUAACACUUAUAUUGGACUAAAGGCAUGAAGACUGUUGUGCUGUAAAAUAAGAAAAACUCUGCGAUAGCUAGUCGGAGUAAAGGUCCCGAGAGGGUAAAGUGCAACUCAAUAUAAGGCUGAAAUCUUUUUAAAAAAAUGAUUGCUAGACCCUGGACCGAGGAUCUGCCAAAGUGCCGAAAUACCUGCGUAGCCUCUUAUUUCUCUCACCUGGGCGAUUCUAACUCUACAGACGAUUGUUUAUGUUUUUAUUGCCAAACUGAAGAUAAUUCCUGCCUUUAUGGUGUAUUUGAGCCGCACAAUGGUUUAGAUGCAGCAAGGUUUAUAAUGCAGAGAAUGGCUGCAGAGCUUCUGUUCCCCCCACCCUCCUUAAGCAAUACAGAUGAGGAAAUUAGGGAAAGACUUAGAAAUGCUUUUAUAUCAGUAGAGAAAGCAUAUAUAGAAAACUAUGAUGGAAUGAUAGCUGAACGGACAAGUCUUCAAUAUAGAUUGCAAACUUUAAAUGAAACACAAAUAUCCCAAAACUGUGAUAACAUCCUCCAUCGCCUUAAAGAAAUUGAUCAUCACCUAUCUGGUGGCACUACAGUAGUCUUAGCUCUUGUUCAUAACAAUAAGCUUUUUGUGGCUAAUGUUGGUGAGACUCGUGCACUCCUUGGCAGAACAGAUGAUAAUUCAGUGCUUAGAGUUGUCCAAUUGACCAUGGACCAUAGUUUGAAUAAUGAGGAUGAGUUGCUACGACUUUCACAGUUAGGAUUGGAUGUCAAUAAACUUCGGAAUGUGCAAUAUCUAGGUAACCAAACUGGAACACGGUGUCUUGGUAACUAUCUAGUAAAGGGUUUAUAUAAGGCAUUUCCUAGUAUUGGUGCAGCUACGUCAGAGCCUGUUGUGGCAACUCCAGAGAUACAUGGACCCAUAUUGCUAGAUGAAUCUUGCAGGUUCUUAGUUCUAGUCAGCGCAGGAGUCUAUAAGCGCAUUCAAGAAGUCCGAGGCAACAGCGAGGAAACAAACAAACAACUGGCACAGAAAAUUGUUGAGAAUUUCCGUAAACAGUCAGAAUUUACGCGUGUUAGUCAAUCAGUGUUAGAAGAAAUUGAAGAUGAUUUCGUCACAUUUUGCCUUCAAAAUAAUUUAACGCCAAAACCAAAUACGCAUAUAACCCUACUAAUACGAAACUUCAACUUUCUCCCGCCAAUACCAAAUGACAGCUGUCAGAAAAACGCCUCGGUCAGAUUUAAUCCGAUAGUUCAAUCGAAGUCGAACACGCUCUUGAACGAAAUCGAUUCUGAAUUUUCUAAUGAUUGCGAGAACGAUUCUAUUGUUGACACGAAUAGAUCGAUCGAGUCGACAUCCGAUGUAUACCCAAAUCGCCCUUAUGAAAAGGAUAAACGCAUUAAGGGUUAUGUCGAUUUUUCAUGUUACUAUGAAAAUGUGGCGAAAGCUCGAAAAAAUGGCACCUUGCCAAGUUUUAUUAAGUGAUGUGAUGAUUAUUUUAUAGACAAUUCAAUUUUCAUAGGUACUUUGCUUUUAAGUGUUGGUGACUAAAAUUAUUAUUAUUAACUUCAAUUUAUGUAUUAAUAAUAUGAAUAGAGAUUUUUACUAAACAGUAUUGAUUGUUGUUUAAUUAAAUAUUUAUAAAAUUUA